AUGGCGGAUGUUGCUGCGAUACCCGGGUUUUUGGCCUCCUCUUUUCCGGGAUUGCCGGUGGAGGUCAAGGAUUAUGUGGCUGCAAUUCUAAAAGAAAAUGCCGAGGAGAUGUACUCCGUUGAUGAAAUAUUUCUUGCUGUCGGCGAUCAUCUCGUGGCUAACGUCGAAGACCUGCCGGAUGAGGCUGCGCGCCGCGUGUGCGAAAAGUUGAUGAAGCUGCUUCACGGAGAUAACAUCCCGAAGGCCGCGAAGCAAGUAGCUGCUGUCCGGCAACUGGAGCAAACGGUCGACAUGGCCGCCCAGAAGGAAGAUUACAAGGAUCGGGAGAGCAUUUGGAAGCUGCAGACCCGUGAUACCCCGACGAAUGUUGACAAGGACAAGCUCAAAAAGGCCGAAAAUCGCGCUACUGAAAAAGCCUUUGCUCGAGAGGGAACUUCUGCUGCGCCGAAACGAAAACGUCCCGAGGCGGCUGCUACGGCUUCACAGGCCGCAAACCGUCGCGAGCAAUCUGGAGCUGGCCAGAAUUCCUUGAAUGUCAUGCUCGAAAGUGUCGAUAUUUCGAUUGGCACGAAGCAACUGCUGUGCAGCGCGAACGUCAACAUGUCCUAUGGUCGUAAGUACGGACUCGUCGGCAGGAAUGGUAUCGGCAAGACCACGCUGUUGAAGAUGAUAUCUGCUGGUCAACUCCGGAUCCCGCCAAAUAUCAGCAUGUUGAGCGUCGAGCAAGAAGUGGAAGGGGACGAUACGAAGGUCAUCGAUUCUGUCCUUUCAUCGGACACCAAAAGAACCGAGUUUUUGGAACGCGAGAAAGUACUGCAGGAGCGCCUUAACAAGCCUGAUCUCUCCGAUGCCGAGAAAACAAAGUGGAACACGGAAUUGACCAAGUUGUUUGCCGAUAUGGAGGCAAGUGGUAUGGACAAGGCGCCGGCCCGUGCCGCGUCGAUCCUCUUCGGUCUCGGCUUCGAUCCGGAUGAGCAGAAGAAGCCCACAAAGGAAUUCUCUGGCGGAUGGCGUAUGCGUGUCGCGCUGGCCCGUGCGCUCUUUAUCAAGCCCGACCUUCUCCUUCUUGACGAGCCGACGAACAUGUUGGACAUGAGGGCCGUCUAUUGGCUUGAGGGGCAUUUACAGCAUUGGGAGGGCACCAUCCUGACAGUUUCCCACGACCGUAAAUUCUUGAACGAGAUUUGCACGGACAUCAUUCAUCUACACACGCGGCGUCUUGACCAGUACAAAGGAAAUUAUGAUCUGUAUGAAAAGACGAUGAAAGAGAAGCUGACCCAACAACAACGCGAAUACGAGGCCCAGCAACAGCUCCGCGCCCACACCCAGGAAUUCAUCGACAAGUUCCGGUACAACGCCAAACGCGCCGCAAUGGUCCAAUCUCGGAUCAAAAUGUUGGAGAGGCUACCCGUCAUCCAGUCGGUCGAAUUCGAGUCCGAGGUGCACUUUAUGUUCCCGGAGUGCGAGGAGCUGAGCAACCCGGUGUUGAUCCUGGACGACUGUGCCUUCAGGUACAACGCCGAAUCGGCCUUCAUCUUCCGCAAGCUUAACUUGGGAACACACGCCUCGUCUCGGAUCUGCAUUGUCGGAGAAAAUGGUGCCGGUAAGACAACGCUGCUUAAACUGCUCUUGGGAGAUCUGGAGCCCUCGACUGGUAUUCGACACACAAAUAGGCGUCUUCGCAUCGGCUAUUUCACCCAGCAUCACGUCGACCAGCUUGACAUGGACAACACUGCCCUCGAAGUGCUUGCGAAAAAUUACCCGAAUCGCCCUGUGGAAGAGUAUCGCGCUUGCCUCGGCCGCUUUGGAAUUACUGGCGACACCGCUCUGCAGCCCGUCUACACGCUCUCGGGAGGUCAAAAAUCCCGGCUGGCUUUCGCCAAUCUUGCCAUGCUCAAGCCAAACUACUUGGUAAUGGACGAGCCGACCAAUCACUUGGACGUCGAGACUGUUGAGGCGUUGGGCAAGGCGCUGAAUAAAUUCAAUGGUGGUGUCGUGCUCGUUUCCCACGACGAACAACUCAUCUCGCUGGUGUGCAAGGAGCUCUGGGUGGUCAAGGAUCGCAUGGUGUCGAACCUGGAGGGAGGGCUGGAAGAGUACCGGAAGCAGGUCUACAAGCAACUCCAGCUGGCCGCC